AUGUAUAAGCAACGUAAAUAUUGGGCUAAGGCCUUUUUGAAAGAUUGUUUUUUUGCUGGCAUGACUUCAAGCGGAAGAAGCGAGAGUAUUCACUCUUUCUUUGAUGGAUAUGUAAAUUCAAAGACCAUGUUGAAUGAGUUUGUAAUGCAAUAUGAUAAAGCUGUUGAGGCUCGAAGGGCUGCUGAAGAAGAUGAAGACUUCAAAACUAUGAACUCCAAACCAAUUCUUUCUUCAGUUCAUUUGAUAGAGGCAAAAGCAGGUUCACGUUAUACGAGAAAAAUCUUUGAUGAAUUCAAAAAGGAAUGGACCGAAGCUACAUUUAAUUUAACUCAUGAGACAAUAAGCAAGAAUUUAGAAGAAAUCAAAUACAAGGUCGGACAAUUGGAUGUAGAUAAAAAAUACUGGAGAAUUGUUAACUUCCGUAUCUCAGAUAAGACUGAUGUUACAUGUUCAUGCGCAAAGUUUGAAACAUAUGGUAUAUUAUGCAAGCAUAUCUUAUAUGUCUUAAAGAAGAGACAUGUUGAAACUCUGCCUGAUCAUUAUAUAUUACCUCGGUGGACAGUGGAUGCUAGGCAUAAGGUGGAUAAUUGCAAUAUUGGGCUCGAAGACAUACAUAGUGGGAAUGAAGUCAGUGCGUUAACUCUAUGGUGUGUUCAAUCAAAUUUUAAAAAAGCGACUGAACAAGCAAGAGACUCACCAACUGAGAUAAAGAAACUAAAUACUAUCUUGUUGAAGUUUUUAGAAGAGCAAAGUAUUCGAACAAGGUCGAAACAGAGUGAGAUCCCGACACGAGAUUCUAAUGCUGGAAGCUCUCAAGUAAACAUGAUGCCUCAAAUUUCUAUUCGUGAUCCACUAGUUCAUACUAAUACUAAAGGUCGUCCUAAAAGUGCAACUAGAAUCAAAUCUUCCCUAGAAGCACCGAAAAAGAGAAGUUGUUCUUAUUGCAGCGAAGUGGGUCAUUAUAUCAGCAGUUGCUCGAAAAAGAAGGCGGACGAGUCUAGACUAGAGAAAGAAGGAUGA